AUGAACAACCAGGCGCGGGCUCCAGCCCCCUCCCCGGCCCGGACCUCGGCCUUGGUCCGGGCUUCGACCCCGGUUAGGCCCUCGAACCCCGUCCGGUCCUCGAUUCUGAGCCCUGCCUCGACCCCGAUCGGGACCCCGACACCGGUUCCGGCCUCAGCCUCGGUCCAGACCCCGACCCUGGUCCCCUCCGCCCUGGUCCGGACCCCGACUCCGAUCCGGACGCCGACUCCGGUCCGAACCCCGACUCCGCUCCGGACCCAGAUUCCGGUCUGGACCCAGAUUCCGGUCCGGACCCAGAUUCCGGUCCGGACCUCGAUCCAGGCCCGGACCCCGACUCCUAUUCGGACCCCGACCCAGGUCCGGACCUUGAUCCCGAUCAGGACCCAAACCCCAACGCCACGCCCAGUCCCCGCCCCGGUCGCGGCCGCUGUCCCUGCCUCGGAAUCCUUCCCGAGCUCGGCCCUACCUUUGGAUCCGCCCCCAGAAUCUGCUCCGGAGCCCACUUUGUCGCCUGAUAAGGAUUCUGCGCCGACGGGCGUCCUAUCAGUCGCCAAAGAAUUCGGGCCCAUCCCAGAGCCCGAUCCUGAGCUCACUCCAUCGGCCAUUGAUUUACUCGGGCCCACUGUCGCGUUCACCCGGAGGGCAGAUCCAGCGGCCACCAAGUUGACAGAGAUCACUGCUGGACCUAUUCCCACGCCCAGCCCACCGGCCACCUCCUUACCUAUUUCUGCCAACACAUUGGCCUCCACUAGCGUGUACUUCCCAGUGGACAACAAGAUAGUGAUUCGAGUGAUCUACUGUGGCCUCUGAAGCUAUAGCCUUCGGUACAUUCUACUGAAAAAGAGUCUGGAGCAGCAGUUUCCCAAUUGUCUACUCUUUGAGGAGGAUAUAUCCACCGUGUCCGCUGGGGAGUUUGAAGUGUUUGUGGACGAAAAACUGGUUCAUUCCAAGAAGAAAGGUGAUGGCUUUGUGGAUGAGGCCAGACUAGAGAAAAUUGUGAACAUUAUCAAUGAGGAGAUCAGGAAAAGGCAGCAGGCAACUGUUGGUGAGCUGGAGGUGAGGUGA